AUGCCCAAAACAGAUCCCAAAGCCUGUGUCAUUUGCGCCAAAUCAUCCAGCCUUGUUUGUGGAAAAUGCAAGACGAUGAAAUAUUGUUCUCGAGACUGCCAAAAGCAGCAUUGGAAACUUCACAAGAAAACCUGUGGCAAACCAGUCUUUGUCGAUCGGAACCUUGAAGUCGGUGAUAAGUGCACUCGUUGCUUGGAGACGGUUGAAGAUGAUGGACAUGGAAAUCCAGUCUUGAUGGGUUGCCGAGUUCCUCAUCCCGAACACUUGCAGCAAAGCUGCGGGUCCUGUUAUGGUGGGGAUGGGGUGACAUUGGCUCUAAUGUGCCAGGCUUGCAAUUAUAGUUAUCGACGAACUGGAUCUGGUCUUUCCGCCAAAUCUGAAACCAAGAUUACCCAGGGCCCCAAGUGGUGCUUUGAAGGAUUUCAUACCCUUCUUCCGGCCGAACGUUUGGGAGACCGUCGCAUCAAGAAGGAUUUGGUGGUCAUUACCGCAAAUGAUGACAUGCAAGAGAAGAUUGAUGCUUUGGAUGGCAAUGAAGAAGUCACUGUCUUGCGAAUUUGCUCGGAUGGCUUUUACACGGAGGAGUAUGCCCCCUGUCUGAACAUCAAGUUGCCGAAUUUGAUUGAAUUUCAAUUGGAAGAUGUCAGCAUGAAACAAAUUCAUUUGACGCCCGAACUCACUCCCAAGGUGAAAAUCAUCUCUAUGCAAAACCCUACUCAAGACGACGACCCUGAUUUCGUCAUAAAAUGCCCCGAACUAAAAGACUUUACCUGUCACUAUUGGGGUUUUGGUAAUCCCGACUGGGUCAAUACCAUGUUGGCCCAUGCUACCAAGUUGGAAUCCUUUGAUUCUUACAAGUUGCGAGUGCCCUAUCUCAAGUUCGCUUCCAACGAACUUGACAAUAUCCGCUUGCAUCGAGCCGAGUGUUUGGAGUAUUUGGAAUUGUACGCCCCCCGCUUGACCAUGCUCAAUGUCCAAGCCGCCUACGAUUUGGACGUUAUCAAAUUCGUGGACACACAUCCAGUUCUCUCCAAGAAAUUGCCCAAAGACUUCGACUUUGAGGAAGAACUAGAAGUCAACGUGGAAAAUGCCUGUUUGGGAGAAGAGGCCAAGCACGCAAUAUGGUUGCAUCCACGAUUUGAUGGAGAUGAGGAAGACGUAGGUAUCGAAAUGGGCCGUGUUAACAUUAGCUUUCGUGAUGGAGAUGUCGAUGAUGCCAUCGUUACAUAUGAUGGUAGUGGAGAUAGCAAGGAUGCCAGCUUGUAUGUUCCUGGUGACAAUCCAAUGUUAGACUUCUUUCAUCAAUUGAACGAAAGAGGACGAGCUGGUGAAUUCUCUUGA